GGCAAUUAUUCAAGGAAGGAGCGUUAGGUUGACUCGGGGGUCUAGCACUCGCGUCCAUAACAAUUCUUACUUUUGUAAAUGUUUUGUCCAUUCUCACUACCGCCCUAUGAGGGAGGUAGUGAACUGGUCCAUCUGCCUCGGAGGGGUUUUCUACUUUUUCAAUCAUUCCCUUAUCGUAUUGCUCCUUCAAUAUUUUUUCGUAUUCAUCUACAAGAUUUAAUUUCCUCAAUUUCCUCAAAGUGGAAGCGAGCCUCAUUUUAGCGUGUCGAUAAUUAGUGG